AUGAAUCAAAACGAUUUAUUUCUAAUUGAAGGGCUAAAGUUUUAGAAAGGGAACAAAUAAGCUGUCCAAUUGAUUCCUUAGGUGAAUGGUUUGAAAAUGAUUAACACUUCUGAUAAUUCAUUGAUAUUAAACAUUGACUUUCAGGAUGAUGGAGUAUUAUUUGAUUGGAGUCCCUACAUAAACAAAUAAGGUGAAGACAAUUUGUAUUUCAUAAUCCAUUUUCAUGGAUAGUUGUACAAACUUUUUGGAACCCCAAUUUAGUUAGACUCUAUGCAAGAAUUUUCUGCAGGAAAAUUUAUUUUCAAAAGGAACGACAUUUAUACUUUAGACACAAUAAAUGAGUCGAUGUCUACACAUUAAUUAUCGACAAUAAUAAAUAGACAUAAUGGUAAAAAAUAUAUUGAAAAAAGAAUAAAUUAAUUAGAUUCAUAAUAAAUAUCUAAUUCAAGUAUCACAGAUUAUGGAUGUGAUGGUGUGCCUGAAGAAAUACGUAUAAUUUAAUUAUUAAAUAUCCAACGAUGUCCAUAUUUAAUGAAAAUAGACUAACUCACAUUUGAUGGAGAAUGCUAUUCAAUUAUUUAUUAAAGUUCUCCCUAAAUUUCACUUAGGCAAAUAUUGAAAAAAUACAAGAAUCCACCAGUCUCCUUUAUUAUUGAAAUCUUGGAAUAACUACUUUUAGGUAUUUACAUUCAAAAUUUAGUUUUAAACAUCUUCGAAGAGCUAAAUAUCAUUCAUAAUGGGAUUACCUUGGAAAAUAUAUGUUACUCUCAGGAGUUCAACUCUAUAUAUCUUUGUAAUUUCUCACACUCGAUCUUUGAAACCUAGAAUCGAUCUCAAAUAAAAGGCAAUUCCAUUGGAUUUGUUCCUCCAGAGCAAUACCAAAUGAAUUCUCAUAUCUCCAGUUAGGCCAACAUAUACCAAUUGGGAGUCCUUUUAUACUAUAUGCUUUUUAAUGAAAACCCAUUCGGAAAGGAUUAAAAGAAAAUAUUAUAAAAUAAUAUUGCUGGAAAAUAUCAAAUUCCAAAUACAAAUUAAGACAAGAACAUCGUAGAUAUUAUGAAAUCAAUGCUCCAAAAGAACCCAUAGAAAAGGAAAUCUUGUAAGGAAUAUUUGGCAUCCAAAAUAUUUAUGCCAGCUUAUAGAUCCAAAAUUUCAAAACAUAGUUUCUUCUCAUUUUUUGAAGACAAUUUCAAUAAAAAAAUAGAUGAAUUUGAGGUUGGAGAUGAUAAUAACUUUGUUUAAACAGUGAAAUCAUUGUAAAUAAAUAAAGGGAAUAAGAAAUGA